UUGCAUCUUGUCCUGUGUCUGUGAGUCUCGUAUUCAGUCAAUAAUACUGAGCAAUCACCAACCAGAGCUCAAUCCAAGCCAAAUAUUCUCUGAUUUCUUUCUGAUUAGAGAGAGAUAGCAUGGCCAAAUUAUUGCCACCAAACGGUAUUGAUGAAUCAUCCCUUGGUCUUAGGCCAAACAUAAAGCCAAUUAUGAAUCGAAAAUUCCCUUCAAAUUACAGACUAAGGACCAAAUCAAGUGUCACUGUCAGAAAUUCAGUAAACAUUCCAAAACAAUGGUACAAUCUUGUAGCUGAUCUCCCCCUGAAACCUCCACCGGCUCUUCAUCCGCAGACUCACAAGCCUCUAAAACCUGAAGAUCUAUCUCCCCUUUUUCCUGAUGAAUUGAUUGCACAAGAGAUCACUGAUGAUCGAUAUAUUGAGAUCCCCGAUGAAGUCAUUGAUAUCUAUGGACUUUGGCGGCCAACGCCAUUACUAAGAGCCAAGCGACUAGAGAAACUACUCGACACUCCUGCAAGAAUCUACUACAAAUACGAAGGGACAAGCCCCGCUGGAUCUCAUAAACCCAAUACUGCAGUUCCACAGGCCUAUUACAACGCUCGUCAAGGAGUUAAAAAUGUGGUGACUGAAACUGGUGCUGGCCAAUGGGGUAGCUCUUUGGCCUUCGCAUCAAGUCUCUUUGGUCUCAAUUGUGAAGUAUGGCAAGUUCGUGCAUCAUACGAUCAGAAACCUUAUAGGAAACUCAUGAUGCAAACUUGGGGAGCUAAAGUGCAUCCAUCACCAUCAAAUGUAACAGAUUCUGGUAGGAAAAUACUUGAAAUUGAUCCUUCAAGCCCGGGAAGUUUAGGAAUGGCAAUCUCUGAGGCUGUAGAGGUUGCAGUUAAAAAUACUGAUACCAAGUAUUGUUUAGGGAGUGUUUUAAAUCAUGUACUUCUACACCAAACGAUUAUCGGCGAGGAGUGUUUAGAACAGUUGGAAGUUAUUGGAGAGGUACCAGAUGUUAUUAUUGGUUGUACUGGAGGUGGAUCGAAUUUUGGGGGGUUAACAUUUCCGUUCAUUAGAGAGAAAAUGAAAGGAAACAUUAAUCCCGUCAUUAGAGCUGUUGAGCCUUCAGCGUGUCCUUCACUUACUAAAGGUGUGUAUGCUUAUGAUUAUGGUGAUACUGUGGGCAUGACACCGUUGAUGAAGAUGCAUACUCUUGGACAUGAUUUUGUUCCUGAUCCAAUUCAUGCUGGUGGCUUACGUUACCAUGGAAUGGCCCCGUUGAUUUCUCAUGUUUAUGAGCUAGGUUUUAUGGAAGCUCUUGCAAUCCCUCAAACUGAAUGUUUUCAAGCUGCCCUCCAAUUUGCUCGUACAGAAGGUAUAAUACCAGCUCCAGAGCCAACUCAUGCCAUAGCUGCUGCAAUUAGAGAAGCGCUGAACUGCAAAGAGACUGGGGAAGAAAAGGUCAUUCUUAUGGCUAUGUGUGGCCAUGGUCACUUUGAUCUGGCUGCAUAUGAUAAAUACUUGCAAGGGAAUAUGAUUGAUCUAUCGUUUUCUCUGGAGAAGGUAAAAGCAUCACUGGCUUCGGUUCCCCAUGUCACGCUCUAGAACUGUAAAAAGAUUCAGCUACCGGAAGGAAAGAUUUGUCAUAAUUUUUUUUAGCAUGUUGAAUGUUGUGACGGAAAUAUUUUCCAUUGUUGCUAGCAGUCAAGAGCCAUGUUAUACUUCGACGAAACUAUUAGCAUGUUCAUUCUGCCUUGCUUUACAGCAAAAAGAUAAGAGUCGUCGAGCUUUA